GUCAGCCUCCAUGGUUGACAGUGCGAGCGAAAACACUCUCCUGGAAUACUAGUACCUUUUGCAAAUACUUGACGUGACAUCCAACGUUUUAGAUGAAGCAUACAUAAUUUUAACAAAAAUGAAUUCAACACUUCUAAAAUGUACCAAGACGGGGAGAAAAAUUGCAAAUUUGCACCGUGUGAAAAUUCACGUUGGAAGGGAGUGUCUAAAUUCCGACAAUCUCCGGACCGUAAAGUUGAGACGUGUUGUUGUGACGGGUUUAGGUUUGGUGACAUGUCUUGGGGUUGGAUCCAGACAUGUGUGGGACAGAAUCAUUAAAGGACAGUGUGGAAUCAGUACAAUCAAGGGACCAGGCUAUGAGAAUGUUCCUUGCAAGGUAGCUGGUUUUGUUCCAAGGGGAAGUAAUCCUGGAGAUUUGCGUCUUGAAGACUACAUGUCCGUCCAAGAGCAGCGUAUCAUGUCUCAGGGUUGUGCAUAUGCACUUGUUGCUACAGAAGAAGCACUGACAGAUGCAGGCUGGGAGCCAAACACCGAGGAGGAGAAGAAUUCCACUGGGGUCGCCAUUGGGAUGGGGAUGGUAGGUAUGGAGGAGACCUACAACACUGGCGUCACACUACGGGAGCGAGGCUAUAGCAGGGUCAGUCCCUUCUUCAUGCCCAAAAUCCUCAUCAACAUGACAGCAGGCAAUGUCAGUGUCAAGUACGGCCUCCAGGGCCCAAACCAUUCAGUGUCGACAGCCUGCACCACAGGACUACAUGCUGUAGGUGAUGCGUUCCGGUUUAUACAGCGUGGGGAUGCUGAAGUAAUGGUGGCUGGCGGGGCAGAGGAGAGUCCAAACCCUCUCUCUGUAGCUGGCUUCUCAAGGAUGAGGGCACUGAGCACAAAAUUCAAUGACAAUCCUCACAAGGCCUCCAGGCCAUUUGACAAAGACAGGGACGGGUUUGUCAUGUCGGAAGGAUCUGGCAUCCUCGUGUUGGAGGAGCUUGAACAUGCGUUGGGGAGAGGGGCGGACAUUUAUGCGGAGAUUUUGGGUUAUGGUUUGUCUGGUGAUGCUAAUCACAUGACUGCUCCACAGGAAGACGGUUCCGGGGCGUACAGGUGCAUGGUGGCUGCUCUGAAGGAUGCACAAAUUUCUAAAAGUGACAUUGGAUAUAUAAACGCUCACGCCACCUCCACACCUUUAGGGGAUCUGGCAGAGAGCAGAGCCAUCUGGCGGCUGUUCGGAGAGACAAAUCCAGAGGUUUUGGUGUCAUCUACCAAAGGUGCCACUGGACAUCUGUUAGGUAGCGCAGGCUGUGUGGAAGCUAUGUUUGCUGUGAUGGCCUGUCAUGGUGGGAAAAUACCACCGACAGUUAAUCUGUGUGAAUCAGAUACUGGGCUCCCAUUAAAGUAUGUUACGCAAAACUCUGUAGACUGGCCAUCAGGGUCAGCAAGACGCUUAGCAGUCACAAACUCUUUUGGAUUUGGAGGUACAAAUGGCAGUCUGUGCAUUGGAAGCUUUAAUAAAAACUGACGUGUUAGAAAUAUGUUUUAUUCAUCUUAAUUAAUUCCAUUUAUCCAGAAUUCUUUGCUUGAAGAAAGGCAGUCUGAUUAAAAUCAUCUGUUACAUGGCUUUGUUAACUUCAUACUAUACCAGUCCUGUUCAAAGUCCUGUAGUACAAAGUUAAUGAAACAAUGUAAGAUUUUAAUCAGAACGGUAGGAAGGUUCAUGUAGCACAAUCAGCAAAGAGUUUAAGUGUGACGUUUCGAUGACUAAAUUAGGACAGCUGCUAAAUGUAAAACCACUGUCAGGGAAUUUCCUACAACUUUUUUCCUGGGUCCGGGGUCCAUGUUAUUGGGAAUUUUUCACACAGUAAAAUGCAAAAUUGCACAAUUUUUUCCAGAAAUUGACCAUCACAUUUCUUGCACCUUCCAAUUUGGAAUUUUAUGACAACAAAUUGGGAAUUAUAGCCAAAUAAUUUUCCACGGGGAAAGCGGUCAUUAUUUGUCCCAAAAUGUUAUUGUAGUAAAAUGCCUGUCUGGUUUCUUACUGUAGGCCUAAAUCGUGAUAUGGGUAUAUAUACGUAACUUGUAUGUAUAUUGUUAAUCGUGAUAUGGAUAUAUAUACGUAACUUGUAUGUAUAUUGUUAAUCAUGAUAUGGGUAUACAUACGUAAUUUGUAUGUAUAUUGUUAAUCAUGAUAUGGGUAUAUAUACGUAACUUGUAUGUAUAUUGUUAAUCAUGAUAUGGGUAUAUAUACGUAACUUGUAUGUAUAUUGUUAAUCAUGAUAUGGGUAUAUAUACGUAACUUGUAUGUAUAUUGUUAAUCAUGAUAUGGGUAUAUAUACGUAACUUGUAUGUAUAUUGUUAAUCAUGAUAUGGGUAUAUAUACGUAACUUGUAUGUAUAUUGUUAAUCAUGAUAUGGGUAUAUAUACGUAACUUGUAUGUAUAUUGUUAAUCAUGAUAUGGGUAUAUAUACGUAACUUGUAUGUAUAUUGUUAAUCAUGAUAUGGGUAUAUAUACGUAACUUGUAUGUAUAUUGUUAAUCAUGAUAUGGGUAUAUAUACGUAACUUGUAUGUAUAUUGUUAAUCAUGAUAUGGGUAUAUAUACGUAACUUGUAUGUAUAUUGUUAAUCGUGAUAUGGGUAUAUAUACGGAACUUGUAUGUAUAUUGUUAAUCGUGAUAUGGGUAUAUAUACGUAACUUGUCUGGUUUCUUACUGUAGUCCUAAAUCAUGACAUGGGUACAUAUAAGUAACUUGUAUGUAUAUUGUUAAUCAUGAUAUGGGUAUAUAUACGUAACUUGUAUGUAUAUUUUUUAUCGUGAUAUGGGUAUAAAUACGUAACUUGUAUGUAUAUUGUUAAUCGUGAUAUGGGUAUAUAUACGUAACUUGUAUGUAUAUUGUUAAUCGUGAUAUGGGUAUAUAUACAUAACUUGUAUGUAUAUUGUUAAUCGUGAUAUGGGUAUAUAUACGUAACUUGUAUGUAUAUUGUUAAUCAUGAUAUGGGUAUAUAUACGUAACUUGUAUGUAUAUUGUUAAUCUUAGCACACAAAUGUGUUAAUGUAAUAAUAAUAAGAACAUCUCACUUACAGGGAAUUUCAGUCUAAAACGCUAUAUUUUGUUUUAUUGCUACAAAAUCUGUCAGCAGUAUAUGUUUUAUGCCCAGUAGCAUAGGGUGCUAUUAGUGUGUCUGUUAUUAUGUCAAUGUACCAGCCCACACUACCAGUGGUAUAGUGGUGAUUGACAAUUAUAAUGAUGUUUAUAUCUCUAGGUCUGUUAUUAUGUCAAUGUACCAGCCCACACUACCAGUGGGAUAGUGGUGAGUGACAAUUAUAAUGAUGUUUAUAUCUCUAGGUCUGUUAGUAUGUCAAUGUACCAGCCCACACUACCAGUGAUAUAGUGGUGAGUGACAAUUAUAAUGAUGUUUAUAUAUUUAGGUCUGAUAUUGUUAUUGGGUUAUUUAUGAAUUGUUUGAGUGUAUAUAUAUAUCUGUUAGGCAGUAUGGAUAUCCAUAUCUGAAGUCUAGUUGAAACAGAUGUCAGAUGUAAUUAUAGAUUCUUGUGAACAAACUUUUCAUGUGAUGAAUAGUUGAAUCUUUCAUACGACUUUGUCCAAAAUUUGUUCUCAAAAAAUUCUGAAUAUGUGUCUACAAAUUUUCUAAAAGAUAACAAAAACUAAUAUUUCCUUUCACAUUUAUUUCCAAGAAUACAACAAGUGACUUGGCAUCAAUAUCAAUAUAAAUAGUAAAAUUAAUUUGACAGCAAAACAAAGUCUAUCACAGUCUUACGGUAACUAUAUAUAUAUCACAGUUAUAAAAAUAUACUCUGGAAUUCCAGUCUUUGUAAGAUUUAGCACUGACAGCAUGUGAUCCAAGGGAGUGUUAUUACCAAUAGAUGAAAAUCCUUAAAGACAAUCGGAAACUUACAAAUCUCACCUAACAAUCCAAAUUCUUUAACAUUAAUGCCAUAAGUGACAUUAUUUAUUUAGAAAAAUGCAUGUUAUUCAGAGUUCUUCAAAUAGCCAUAAUAUAGAAAUGUAAAUUAAAACUGUCGUUCAGUGGUUUAAUAAUAAAUAUGCUAUGAUAUUGGUUUCAUUCCUACAUUCCUGUGGAAAGUUGUAACUCUUGUCACUUCCUUGAUUUAAGAAUAAAUAAUUAAAUCUUGUGUUAAUUUUGGAUUUUGUGUCGAUUAUGAAAUUUGUGACACCAAUGCAAUAGCUAGAGGGGCCAAAAUAGAAUGUGUUUCUGAAAUUAGGAUGACAGGAUGUUGUCAGACAA